AUGAACAUGGCGGCUUCAGCCAUGGACCCCAGCAACGCCACCACCACCACCACCACCACUACUGUCGCCCUUGGAUCAGACCCCUCGGCCCCGUCAAGCAAACGCGCCAAAAGGAGCCCCUCCCACCACAACCUCCAGGGUGACGAUGAUGCAGAACUCGAGGUGCUCUCCCAGACCCAGACCCAGGGCCAGGGCCAGACCCAGACCCAGGGCCAGAACAAGGACGAUCGGGCCACCACCCCUCAUUCAGCCAUUCACACGUCAGCCACCACCCCGUCCACUGACCAAGACGACGAGGACGACCAUGCAGAUGACCAACGCCACACCCACCAAGGCAACGUGGCCCCCAGCAACAGCCACAGCCACAACCCCAACCCCCAGGCUGGCCCAGAAGUCGACGAAGACGACGAGGAGCUCGAUGAAGACGACGAGGAUGACGAUGAUCUCGACGGCUACAAGGUGCAUCACUGCCCCGUGUGUCGCGCCACGUUCACCCGUGCCGCCCACCUCAAGCGCCAUGCCAACGUCCACCGUGAUCGCGACACGCGUCGCUACCGUUGCCCCCUCCCCCACUGCAACCACGCCGUCUACCGCUCCGAUCACAUGCGCCAACACCUACGUCGUCGCCACCGCAUCACCGACAAGCACAUCCUAGCCAAGUUUGUCCGACAAAGUGAUGGCACUGACCUCCCCAUCCCCACGCACCCCCACCCCGUCACCGCCGCGCUGACCAGCAGCUCGGCGGGCACCGCCAACGGCGCCACGCACCACAUCAAACCCUCCCGCCGACGUACAAACAACGUCGCCACCCCCACCGCCACAGCCCACCUCGAUCAAGCCACCUCCAGCCGUCUGCAAGCCCUCUUGGAUGCCUCAGCCCUCGAUGCCGCGGAAGCCUCCUCAUCCGCCGCUGCCGCCGCCGCUGCCCCUCGUCCCCACAAGCACGCCGCCCCGGCUGCCCAACCAGACGCCAGCACAAAUUCUCAAAACGGCCCCAUGAACCCCUCCCCAGAACCCGCUACCGUCGCCCGCCCCCACUCACACGGUUCAGGUCCUUCCACACCAGGCAGCGACAAUGGGGCUGCACCCGAUUUCGACCCUGCAAAACCGGCCCACAACCUCGUCGCUGCCUUCCAGCAGCAACAACAGCAACAACAACAGCUGGCCAACAGCCAACAGAUGAUGAUCAACAGUGCACAAGCCCUCUCCGCCAUUCAGGCCCUCUUCACUUCGGCCCAGUUCCUUCCUUGUAUGCUUGGCGCAGACGGUGUCAUGUGGGUCCCCAUCGUCAACAUGCGUGACCCUUCCGCCGUCACCCCCGGGCCUGGAUCCAACACCAAUGCCAACCCGCCCGCGGGCACCGCUUAA